UCGCGAUGGAAGGAGGAGGAGGUGAGGUUGGCCGGGCACGGCGGGCUCCUGGGCUGCUCGCCUAGAUGCAGGCGUGCUGUGGGGCUCAUGGUAAACCCCAGGAAACACUUAAAAAAGAAGGUCAGCCAGGAUAUGUUCUACCUACAAGUCUUGAAGCCAAUGGUUUGAAGAAGAACAGUUGGGGUUUCUUAAUUACUGGGAUUGUUGGUGGGACACUGGUGGCUGUGUAUGCUGUGGCCACUCCAUUUAUAACACCGGCCCUCCGAAAAAUUUGUUUGCCUUUUGUACCCGCAACUACAAAGCAGAUCGAAAAUGUUGUGAAAAUGUUGCAAAGCAGAAGAGGACCUCUGGUGGACAUUGGCAGUGGCGAUGGUCGGAUUGUGAUAGCAGCAGCAAAGGAAGGAUUCACAGCUGUUGGCUAUGAAUUAAACCCAUGGCUAGUUUGGUACUCCAGAUACCGUGCUUGGCGAGAAGGGGUACAGCACUUGGCCAAAUUUUAUAUUUCAGAUCUGUGGAAGGUUACUUUUUCACAGUACUCAAACGUCGUUAUUUUUGGGGUGCCCCAGAUGAUGCUGCAGUUGGAGAAGAAACUUGAGCUUGAACUUGAGAGGGAUGCUAGAGUCAUCGCUUGCCGGUUCCCUUUCCCGCAUUGGACCCCGGCCCAGGUCACCGGAGAGGGAAUAGACACUGUGUGGGUUUAUGACAUGAGUACGUUUAGAAGGAGUGAGAAGAGGCCCUGAAAAUCGGUGCAUUUCCAGUCGGUCAUUCAAAUAUAAAAUUUAUUGAGAGUCUUUUUCUGUAGUGUUGGUGGUUUUUGAUUUUAUAGAGACUUAUAGCUGUGUGUUUAGCGAAGAGUAUAUUUUUGUUUGGCAUGGCAUGAGAAAUUAUUAUUACGUCCCUUAAUUUUUGGAGAAAACAAACAAGUUAAGAAUA